UGAUUCUUUGAUAUAGUCAUAUUAGUCAUUAAUAUAGUUACUUAAAAAGAGUUAAUGUCAAUAUUAAGGACUAUUGUGAUUAUUCGUUACACAUUCGGGAAACCAAAAUGGCUAUUAUUAUUAUUAUUAUUAUUAUCCAUUGAAAUAUUAGUAAGGUUGUAAAUUUAGGUUAGUCAUCCACAAUCUCGGCUUUUUGGAGUUAAAGUUGCUUAUCUGUUCUUGAUUUGUAGUUUGUUUACACUUAAUUGCAUAUCCCCUUCAUGGUGUGUACUUUUUGUUCUUUUAUUUUUGAUGGGUCUAGGUUUCUUUAAGGUUGAGUUUGUUUGAGUCAAGAUAUGUCUAGAUUCUGAUUUAAAAAACUCAUGGUUUUUGCCAUAUAAGGAGUGUGCUAUGAUUUCACUUUUGAGUCGUGUUUUAAAUUUCUGUCCACAAAUGUCAAUAUUUGGUUUUCACAAGUUUCUUCAAAUGCAAUUGUAGAUGCAUUGGACAUAUUUUCUCCUUUUUUCUAUGAUUUCAAAGAUUAUAAUGCAAUUGCAAUUUAUAUUCUUUCUCUUGACUGAUGUAAUGUAACUCGGUCGGCCUUUUAGUCUCUUGUAAUAUUACUGGUCUAAAUUCAGUAAUUUAUGUUCGAUGGGAUGAGCUUAAAGUAUUGAGUGUGCUCUCAACUCUCAAGCCUAUGCGAUGGAAAUAUCAAAUGAUUCAGAAGCUAAGAAACCAAAAAGGUUGACAUCUGUUGUUUGGAAUCACUUUGAAAGGAUAAAAAAAGCUGACAUAUGUUAUGCUGUUUGCGUGCAUUGCAACAAGAGACUUAGUGGAUCAAGUAAUAGUGGAACUACUCAUCUAAGAAAUCACUUGUUGCGGUGUCUGAAAAGAUCAAACUUUGACGUUUCUCAACUACUUGCAGUAAAGAGAAAGAAAAAAGAUACUACCGUCGGCCUAGCAAACAUUAGUUUUGAUGAAGGUCAGAGGAAAGAAGAAUGUAUAAAGCCAACGUUCGCCAAGUUUGAACAGGAACAUAAGAAAGAUGAAAUCAUUAACUUUGUAAGUAGUAAAUUUGACCAGGAGAGGAGUCAACAUGAUCUUGCUCGCAUGAUCAUAUUACAUGGAUACCCGGUCACCUUGGCUGAACAAGUAGGGUUCAAGGUCUUUGUGAAGAAUCUCCAGCCUCUCUUUGAGUUUUCGCCAAACAGCGGCGUAGAGAUUUCUUGUAUAGAAAUCUACAGGAGGGAGAAAGAGAAAGUGUUUGAGAUGAUAAGCAAAUUAUGUGGCAGGAUUAAUCUCUCUAUCGAAAUGUGGUCUUCGGCAGAAAAUACCUCGUAUUUGUGUCUAUCUGCGCAUUAUAUUGAUGAGAAUUGGACACUGCAGAAGAAAGUUUUGAACUUUCUUACACUUCACUCUUCUUACACUGAAGACUUGCUUCCAGAAGUGAUUAUCAAAAGUCUCGAUGAAUGGGAUAUUGACUGCAAACUAUUUGCAUUGACUCUUGAUGAUUGUUCCGUUGAUGAUAGCAUCACUUUACGAAUCAAAGAGCGUGUUUCUGAGAAAAGGCCUUUCUUAAGUACUCGACAAAUACUCGACGUGCGCUCUGCAGCACAUCUCAUAACUUCUAUUGUUCAAGAUGCCAUGGAUGCAUUACAUGAGGUGAUCCAAAAGAUUCGAGAGAGCAUUAGAUACAUUAAAAGUUCACAAGAAGUGCAAGGAAAAUUUAAUGAAAUUUCUCAAAGUGCUGGGAUCAACUUUCAGAAGGCCUUAUUUCUUGAUAAUCCACUUCAGUGGAAGUCCACAUUUAUCAUGCUUGAAACUGCACUAGAAUACAGGAGUGCGUUUUCACUCCUCCAAGAACAUGAUACCUCCUACUCAUCAACUCUAUCCGACGAAGAGUGGGAAUGGGCUAGUUCUGUUGCUGGAUAUUUAAAACUCCUAGUUGAAAUUAUGAAUAUCUUCUCAGGCAACAGAUUUCCUACAUCUAAUAUAUUCUUCCCUGAGAUAUGUGACAUUCAUAUUCAAUUAAUUGACUGGAGCAGAAGUUCCGACCAUUUUCUUAGACUCAUGGCUUUGAAGAUGAAAUCCAAAUUUGAUAAGUACUGGAGCAAGUGCAGUUUGGCUUUAGCUUUAGCAGCAGUCCUAGACCCUCGGUUUAAAUUGAAGUUGGUUGAGUACUACUACUCGCUCAUAUAUGGAAGCACUGCUUUAGAACGCAUCAAAGAAGUUUCUGAUGGUAUCAAAGAACUUUUUAAUGCAUAUUCUAUAUGUUCAACAAUGGUUGAUCAAGGGUCAGCUUUGCCUGGAAGUAGCUUACCAAGUACCAGUUCUGGUGCCAGGGAUAGGCUAAAAGGUUUUGACAGAUUCCUUCAUGAGACAUCUCAGAGUCAGUCCAUGACAUCAGACUUGGACAAGUAUUUGGAGGAACCGAUCUUUCCUCGUAAUUCUGAUUUUAACAUACUGAACUGGUGGAAAGUCCACACGCCGAGGUACCCUAUUUUGUCUAUGAUGGCACGAGAUGUUCUCGGGACUCCAAUGUCAACUUUAGCACCUGAGUUGGCCUUUAACACAGGGGGCAGACUGCUCGAUUCUUCUCGCAGUUCACUGAACCCAGAUACACGAGAAGCUUUAAUAUGCACACACGAUUGGCUCCGAAAUGAAUCAGAAGGUUUAAACUCGUCCCCAAUCCAAUCUAUUCCACCCAUUCUUCUUGAAUCAAGUUAAUUUUCCCAGGUAUUCUUCUGUGCAACUUGUAUCAUAUGUUCUUAAUCUCUCCACAAUCCGUAGUUCAACAUUGACCUCGCUACUCUUUUAUGUAAGAAUUGUUAAUUGUACUGUUGUUCUCCUGUGUCAUUUCUUGCCGGGAAGUGAUAUAUUGAAAAUAUUAUGUAAGAACCCAAUGUAUAAUAUUCUUAGAAUAGUGAAGUAGUUUUUUUUUCAUAUUUACA